UGUGAAUAAUCAAAGUGCACGCUAACUAUUCUUUUAUUGUCCGUUUCUAUAUGUCCUUCAUACUUUGUGUAUCCUCCGAUGUUCAUGAGUGAGUAAAAGAUGUGACGUCGUAUAAUCAAGGAUACUUUACGUACAGUAAAUAGGGAUCAUCACAAAUGCUACCGUAGUUGUCCAAAUUCCAACAAUACGUCAAGGCACCACACUUCCUGCACUGACUGCAACUGACUGGAACACAAACCGGCAGCUACGCUGAGUGUCGACCGUCGAGCCGGUCAGAGGCGACUGAAAGCGGCAUCCUAACGUCACCAGAGGCCGAUAACUGUUUACUGACAAGGCAGUAGUCGUACGAAAUCGACAUGGACUCGUCUGAUCGGAACUGCGCCACUGGCUGAGAUUGUAUUGCCUGGAAGUAAAGUGAGCAGACAGCGCGCGCGCAGCCCUGCCUUGCCGCCGCCAUCCAAGCAGCCUCUCGCGGCCACACUCGGCCUAGCGCCACCGCACACCCGGUGUUGCCCAACUUCAAUGGCGGCUCCGACGGAAGCCGCCGUGGAAGACGACGAAAGGGAGCCUUUCGAAGAUGCCGAACUGGCGCUGAAAGGCAUCAACAUGCUUCUGAAUAAUGGCUUCAAGGAGAGCGACAAGCUUUUCAGAGCGUACAGGAACCACAGUCCUCUCAUGAGCUUCGGUGCUAGUUUUGUCAGUUUUCUGAAUGCCAUGAUGACUUUUGAAGAGGAGAAGAUGCAGCAGGCGUCAGAAGACCUCAAAACAACAGAGAGGUUGUGCGAAAGCGAAAAUGCCGGCGUCUUCCAAACCCUGAAAAACAAGAUGAAGCGCUCUGCGGACUCUCGGAGGUCAGCGGUGGCCGCCGUGGAACGACUCCAGAGGCAGAUCAUCAUUGCCGAUUGCCAGGUUUACCUCGCCGUGCUAGCUUUCACCAAACAAGAACUCUCUGGAUACAUCAAAGGAGGAUGGAUCCUCCGUAAAGCCUGGAAAGUUUACGACAAAUGUUACAGCGACAUCACGCAGUUGCAGGAGCGCAGCAGCAGGAGGAGGAGGAAAGCGUCCGAGCAGCAGGCCUCGUCAUCGCCGCCCUGCGCCGCGUCGAGCCCUUCCCAGCGGCUGGACGUCGUUGGCGCCAAAGACCUGGACCGGAUCAAAGGUUCGGUCAGCUUUGGCUAUGGCCUCUUCCACCUCUGCAUCUCCAUGGUGCCACCGCACCUCCUCAAGAUCGUCAACCUACUGGGCUUCCCCGGCGACCGUCUCCAAGGACUGUCGGCGCUGGCCUACGCCAGCGAGAGCAAAGAUAUGAAGGCUCCCUUAGCCACCUUGGCCCUCCUGUGGUACCACACAGUAGUGCAGCCCUUCUUCGCCCUGGAUGACAGCGACACUCACUCGGGCCUGGCGGAGGCCAAAGCCAUUCUUCGACAGAGAGAGACCACUUACCCCAACUCGUCGCUCUUCAUGUUCUUUAAAGGCAGAGUGCAACGUCUUGAGAGCCAGAUGAGCGCCGCCUUGACGUCCUUCAACAGCGCUUUACAGCUGGCCUCGGAGCAGCGGGAGAUCCAGCAUGUGUGUUUGUAUGAAAUUGGGUGGUGCAACAUGAUCGAGCUGAACUACUCGGAGGCGUUCAAGGCCUUUGAGCGUCUGAAAAACGAGUCUCGCUGGUCUCAGUGCUACUAUGCAUAUUUGACUGCAGUUUGUCAAGGAGCCAUGGGUGACCUGCAGGGGGCCUCGGGAGUUUUCAACGAUGUCCAAAAGCUCUUUAAACGCAAGAACAAUCAAAUUGAGCUGUUCUCCAUGAAGAAAGCUGAGAAGCUGAGGAUGCCCAGUCUGUCCAAAGAACUGUGCAUCCUCUCCAUCAUUGAGAUUCUUUAUCUGUGGAAAGCUCUCUGCAACUGCUCCACCAGCAAAUUGCACACAAUGAUGCAAGUCCUGCAGGCUAUUGACGACGCCUCCUGCGCAGGGCUGAAAAACCUGCUCUUGGGAACUGUAAACAAAUGCCUGCAUAACAAGAAAGAUGCUAUUCAGUAUUUCGAGGUGGCCUUGCGCGAUGAGAUGGGCCUGCUGAGCAACUCGUACGUGCAGCCUUAUGCCUGCUACGAACUGGGCUGCAUGCUCCUCAACGACUCCGAGUCUGCAGGCAAAGGCCACACGUUGAUGCUUCAGGCGAAGGAGGACUAUGCAGGCUAUGAUUUUGAGAACAGGCUUCACGUACGGAUCCACUCGGCUCUCGCCUUCAUGCGAGCUGCGGCUCAACCUUGAAGUGUAUUGACUUUAGCAGGAAAAAAAAGCCAAACAAUAAGACCGUUUUAGGCCCAAGUGUUUGAAGUAUUUGUUUUUGUGGCGUAAUUUUGAAACUUAUUCUGUGGUUUGCACAGAAAAGGUUUACUGAUCUUUGCAAUACACUGCACAUUUUCCCCCAUGUGGAAAUGUUUUGCACGUCCUUGAAAACUUUUACAAUUCACAUGCACAACUGUACUCUAUGCUGUGAACGAGAUCCUCUUAGAUAGUGUUUUAAGAUAUUAAAAUUAUUUUUAUUGGAACCUUUAA